AUGUUUGCAAGAGUUCCCUCAACAGAUUUGGCAGAUUUAAACCAUUUAUGUUUGCCAAUUCUUGAUCCAAUAAAACUCGCAAAUGUGUCUCCAAUUCCAAUAGAGAGAACUCCAGAGAGCAAUGGUAACAGUUCAGUACUUGAUGAUCCCAAUAAAUCACAGGCAUCUUUCUCGUCAAUAAAAGCUUCAACACUUGUUUCUAAAAUUGAAGCAACUGGAUAAAGUUCAAUUACUCGUGCUACCUCUAGGAUGAUGAAAAUGGCGAAUAUUAUAACAGAGGCCACAUAAAGAAGAUGACACUGAUAGAUGAGACCAGGCACAUAAACCAUGACGAUGAGUAUAUGGAAUAUUUUUCUAUUGCUGGUUGAUCCUUUUUGAUUUUUUCUUAUUUGGAAGCAUACAGCAAAACCUGCGAUAAGCAAAAGUCCAAC